CAGCAGCUGGUCCCUAGAUAAGAGGAGCUGGAGCAGGGCAGCGGCAGGCAGUGCUCCUGAGGAGUAAGAGCCCGGCCUGGUGAGAAGCACACUGCCUCUAGCCUCUGCUUUCUCAGCUCAGCACCUGCACUGAUUGUGCUGGAGCUGGAAAAGACUUUCUCUCUCUCUCUCUCUCUCUCUCUCUCUCUCUCUCUCUCUCUCUCUCUCUCUCUCUCUGUGUGUGUGUGUGUGUGUGUGUCUCUCUCUCUGUCUAUCUCAGUCUCUCUGUCUCUGUCUCUCCCUAUCUUUCUCUCUCUCUUUCUCUCUCUCUCCCACUGAGGAUGUCCACUGAGAUGAUGACCACUGAGCCAGUGCAGCCUCUGGAGCUUUCAGAAGACAUACUGGACAAGUUCGAUCCUCACUGCAGCCACUCAGAUGACCUUUCAGACCAGUUCAUUAAGGACUGUGACAUCAAAAAGAAGCCGAGAAAGGGGAAGAACGCACAGGCCACUCUGAAUGUUGAGUCAGAGCAGAAGAAACCCAGGAGGAAAGAUACACCGGCCCUGCAUAUUCCACCUUUCAUACCAGGUGUGAUCUCAGAACACUUAAUUAAAAGAUAUGAUGUCCAAGAGAGAGUUCCAAAGGGCAAAACAGGCCCAGCUCUUCACAACACUGACAUGGAACAGAAAAGGCCAAGGAGAAAAGACACACCUGCCCUGCACGUGCCUCCUUUUGUCACAGGUUUGACUCUGCUCGGAGAUGAGAGCCCCAGAGUAAUUAUGGAAGACGAUGAAAAGGACGGCGACACAAUAGCUAUUUAAAGACCUCUCCCCCGAGGUUGCGAGCAAAUAGGUUAGAUCGGUUCCCUAUGGUGACCUAGAGAAAAAAAUAUAGAUUUGUCUCUGCUCUCAUUUUGUCCUAGUGUGACUCUAAGAUCUAGACGCCGCCUCCCCAGGAGACCGACUGGCCAGCUUGCCAGUCACCUCCUGAUCUUUCCUCCUGGGCUGCUUUCCAGCCCCACUUCUUGAACUUCCGUUUUUCCAUUCAGUGAGAAGUGUAUUUUUCCAAAGUAAGAGAUAAAGGUGAGAGCUCAGGGAUCAGUGUCUGCAAGCAAAGAACAUGGAUGAGAAAGGGUCCCUCCUCCUGGCUUAGCGGCUGGGCAGAGUCUGACUCAGCACCAACCACGCCCAUGCGAAAGUCCCCCAGGGCCACCGCAGCCAGUAAGACUGGUGAGAACAUUUGGUCUCUAGCUCACAGAAUGUUCUGAUGAAAUGGUUUUUCAUUUCUUCCUUUCUCCAUUGUGAGUCCAAUUCUGGUCACGCUCUGAAGACCCUCGUUACAGAUGCUAUAAAGGUUCAAGGGGAAGCAGCCCGUCUAUCGUGCGAUAGCUGAAGACGUUGGAGGCCGAGAGUGUUGGUCUGUGUAGGUCUUACAUUUAAUUUUAUUGUUCAAAAUGAGAGUUCUUAACUACAUUGGUUGUCUUGACAAUUGUGAAUUAUGUCAUAAGUGAGUCAUCACUAAUGGUAGGUAAAUAAAUACCAGUGAUUGUGAGGAAUUUAUUCUAAAAAAUUUAAGGCCAGUUGAAGGUUGUUCUGAUAUUUUCAGCAUCUCACUUAAUUAGACUCCAAUACACUUUCUUAUAUAGAAGGUGGUGUGAUCUAGUGAAUACUGGUGUGCAUUUAACUCCUGUGCAGCCAGCAAUCUCUGUGUGCCUGUGGGAGCUUUGCAUAUAGACUUCAUCCACCAAACAGCUGACAGGGGAAAUGUGAGGAGUAUUAAAUGGAAGAAAAGCAGACAACCUAGUGCUCAGACCCAAGAAGGGGAGCAUGGGACAGUUCUGUGUAUACUCAAGCUCUGGCUGUUUUCCUUUCUCUCCUUCUGUUCUCCUUACAAAGAUGUAAAAAAUGCAAGACACUUCAGAAAUAAAGAUGCUUCUGCACACA